CCACCCACUAAUGCAAGCCAGUCCUCCCCAGCACCCAAGACACUUCCUCUUCCCCUGUCCCUCCCUGACGUAUCUCCACCCCAGGCCCUGUGCACCUCCCCCACGCUCAUGGAUGACUUUAUGACAGGCAGGGAAAUGGCUGUGCAGUGUCCAGGUGACUCAGGUUCAGGUGCACAUCUAGAGCUAGAGGGCAGAGGGUCAGGUCAGAAAGAAAAAAGUGGGAACAGGAGACUCAGAACUGGGGAGCAGAGAGGGGGCAUGUGGCAAGGGCAGCUGAGUGACUCAGGUCUUAUAUUCACACCUCAGCCAUUUCCGUCUCCUCCAAGCCACAGUCUUCAGUGAGAGGAAGCUAGGGUUUGUGGUUCCUGAUUUAUCUGGGGAGAAGCAGUAGGAGUGAGGAUAAGGCUAGUGGACGUUCUGGCUUCCCACUUCCACACCAUAAGCACUUCUCUACGGGAUAAAAGCCAGGAUUGGUGUAUCCAAUGCCCAUGUCCUCCUCACCUGUGGUUAUUCUUGUACUGUGGUUACUUGUCACUCACAGCUUUCUGUGAGUUCCGUCAGAACAGAGGCUGCAGAAUUUCUAGAGUAGGAUCGCUUUUCUCACUGGUUGAGUGAUCUAGGAAGAACAGCAUCGUGGGGCAUAUUUCAAACAGCAGUCUUAAAGACUGGUGGUUGAAAAGAGCUGGUAGAAGUAGGCACAGGCUGCUAGAAGCCAUAACAGAGGAACCGGCUCGAUGAAGAGUGAUCAAGAUGCUGUCCUGCCACCAAGAGGAAGGAAGUUCAAAACCAGUGCUUCCAGGAUUCUUCCGAGCUCUUCUUUUCUCACUCCCCGAAGUUUGGGAAGACCUAAGGGGAAAACAGGACCCGGAAGUAGGGAGCAACUUCUAAGCACGUGAUGGGAGACGCCCUGGUACUGACACGUGACCCUCCAACCUGCUACUCUACCUUGCGGAGAGGUCAGCUGCUCUUAAAGCCAACUCCGAACACACGCUGACACAGGGCCCUUUGGGGGACCCGAACUCGAUGCUAUGGGGAACUUUGUGGGCUCGUGGAGGCACCUUCAGGAUUCCGAAAGGGAGGAGACCGACUCAGAGCCCCAUGCCCGUCCGAUGGAUGGCCAGAGUGCCCAAUGGAAGAAUGCGGUGGGCUUCUGGAUCCUGGGUCUUUGCAACAAUUUCUCAUAUGUGGUGAUGCUGAGCGCUGCCCAUGACAUUCUUAAGCAGGAGCAGGCAUCUGGGAACCAGAGUCAUGUGGAGCCAGGCCCAACACCCAUGCCCCACAACAGUUCAUCUCGAUUUGACUGCAACUCCAUCUCCACAGCUGCGGUGCUCCUGGCAGACAUCCUUCCCACCCUCGUCAUCAAACUCCUGGCUCCUCUUGGCCUUCAUUUGCUGCCCUACAGUCCCCGGGUCCUUGUCAGUGCAGUUUGUUCUGCUGGAAGCUUUAUCCUAGUUGCCUCUUCUCACUCAGUGGGGUUAAGCCUGUGUGGAGUGGUUUUGGCCAGCAUCUCAUCAGGUCUAGGAGAGGUCACCUUCCUCUCACUCACUGCCUUCUACCCGAGCGCUGUGAUCUCCUGGUGGUCCUCGGGUACUGGGGGUGCAGGACUUCUUGGAUCGCUAUCUUAUCUGGGACUCACCCAGGCUGGCCUUUCUCCUCAGCACACCCUGCUUUCUAUGUUGGGGAUCCCUGUUCUUCUGCUGGCCAGCUAUUUCUUAUUGCUCACAUCUCCUGAACCCCAGGACCCUGGAGGGGAAGAUGAAGCAGAGACUGAUGCCCGGCAGCCACUCAUAGGCACUGAGACCCCAGAGUCAAAGCCAGACUCCAGCUGGGACCUCUCGUUCCAGGAAAGGUGGACGGUGUUCAAGGGCCUCUUGCGCUAUAUCAUCCCCUUGGUGCUGGUCUACUUUGCCGAGUACUUCAUCAACCAGGGCCUUUUUGAGCUCCUCUUUUUCCGGAACACAUCCCUGAGUCACGCUCAGCAGUACCGAUGGUACCAAAUGCUAUACCAGGCUGGCGUGUUCGUCUCCCGCUCUUCUCUCCACUGUUGCCGAAUCCGUUUCACCUGGGUCCUAGCCCUGCUGCAGUGCCUCAACCUCGCCUUCCUACUGGCAGACGUAUGUUUGAGCUUCCUGCCCAGCAUCUACCUUAUUUUCAUUAUCAUUCUGUAUGAAGGGUUCCUGGGUGGAGCUGCCUAUGUGAAUACCUUCCACAACAUUUCUCUGGAGACCAGUGACAAGCACCGAGAGUUUGCCAUGGAGGCUGCCUGUAUCUCUGACACCUUGGGAAUCUCCAUGUCAGGGGUCCUGGCCUUGCCUCUGCAUGAUUUCCUCUGCCAUCUCCCUUGACAUGGGUUGCUCAGGACACACUGACCUGCAGGCAGAUGAGCUCACAUCUUCCUAGCUAGGCUGGGGAGUGGGAAGAGUCCUGCCCUGCUUCAGCAAGGAGCCUCCACUGUUUCCCACUCCCGAGCUGGUCUCUGGGAGUUUUCCCUCACCUUAUGCUCUUCUAAUAAAUGCUUAUUUUAUUAAUUUA